AUGGCGGCUACGCUUCACCUGAAUUCUCGCCCAGAAGAUGAUGAAUUUAGUUCCGAGCGCGACUGGCUGAGCUUCUCUGAUAUGUUCAUUUCCUCCCGUGGCAACGAAUACUUCUGUGAAAUCGACGAGGACUACCUUACGGACCGCUUCAAUCUCACAGGCCUCAAUACGGAAGUGCAGUACUACCAAUAUGCCCUCGAUCUGGUCACCGAUGUCUUUGACAUGGAGGUCGACGACGACAUGCGGGAACAGAUCGAGAAGAGCGCUAGGCAUCUCUACGGACUGGUCCACGCCCGAUACGUCGUCACCACGCGCGGUCUCGCAAAGAUGAUGGAAAAGUUCAAGCAAGGCGUAUUCGGCAAAUGCCCGCGAGUCAUCUGCGAAUCGCAACAUCUCCUACCCAUGGGACAACAUGACAUCCCAAAUACCUCGCAUGUGAAGUUGUACUGUGCAAAGUGCGAAGACAUCUACAACCCAAAGUCAUCACGCCACAACUCAAUAGAUGGCGCUUACUUUGGCACGAGCUUUCACAACAUCCUCUUCCAAGUCUACCCAACUUUGCUACCGCAAAAGACACAGCGUCGCUACGAGCCACGCAUAUACGGCUUUCGUGUACAUGCGAGCGCGGCACUGAUGCGAUGGCAGGAGGAGCGCAGAGAGGAGAUGAAGGAUCGGUUAAGGGCUCGUGGGCUGGAGACGGGUUUUGAAGACGAAGACGAGGGAGACGAAGAAAUCGAAAGCGAGGAGGAAGAAGUCGAUGAGGAGCAGGACGGGAUCGACGACAUGUUCGAGGGUCAGCCGCGAAUCCAGGCGGUGCAGUGA